CGACCUCAGAGCGAGAUCAGCUACAAGAUGAGUGAGUUCUGCAUAUAAAUGCUGCCUAACCUGGAUUAUGGAAAUGUCUCAUCUCCAUUUUCAAGGCAUCGCCGAGCGGUGGCACAAGUAUUGUUCCCUCGUCAUCGACUUUUGCUUCUGAUUUGUACAACAUCAGCACAUCCUCGUCCAAGCAUCGAUAGAGGUGAAAGAUACCUUGUUACAGAAAGAUAAGUCGGACGCCGUUGAGAAAAUGAGAGCAGUUUCUAUUUCACUGUUGCUGCCAUCGCUAGCGGUUGCGGCGUCAAAUGCCAGUGUCGGAGUGAUGGGCACCACUGGGUAUCCUCCUUGUGAUGCUCUAAUAUCAGCCGGCCUCGGCGAUCGGGUCCUACUUGCGACCUCAGAUGCCUAUGAGACGAGAGUGCAGAGCUACUGGCACGCAAACGGUCGUAUCCAUCCCUAUUGUUUCGUCGAGCCAUAUUCUGCCGAGGAAGUCUCUACUGCGGUCAAAGCUUUGGCAAGUGCUGGCCAAGGUGCAGGUGACUGGCACAUCGCUGUCAGGUCGGGUGGACACCAUCUCCCGGCCACGAAUAACAUCGUAGACGGUGUAACUAUCGACCUGGGUAUGAUGAAUAGUUCACGGUACAUCGCAGACAAGGGCAUUGCACAAGUCGGCCCUGGUGCAAAAUGGAAAAAUGUCUAUGCCAACCUUCUCAAGAAUGGAAAUGUCACGGUGACUGGUGGUCGAGACGGCGAUGUGGGUGUGGGUGGAUUUCUCCUCGGUGGUGGAAACUCAUACUACAGUGGGCGUAAUGGGUUCGGCAGCAAUGCAGUUGUCGGGUACGAGGUUGUGCUUGCGAACGGCACCAUAGUCGAGGCCACCGUCGACCAGUACCCUGAUCUGUGGAAGUCUUUGAAGGGAGGACUCCUCAACUAUGGCAUCGUCACACGAUUCGAUCUCCAGACUAUGCCUGCAGUCGACCUGGCAUACGGUCUCAACGUGUUGACGUACAACUAUUCGUCCCAGGUGUCGGAUGCUCUGGUUGAUUUCACCAAUAACAUGGAGCAACGCCCGGAUGACCAUAUGUUUAUACUGUACACCGACGAAACGUCCAGCGGCGAUGGAAGUAUGAUGAUUUUACCUAUUUAUGUCAACACCAAAGGCGACCUCAAUACCACGAGCUUUGAUGAGAUUACCAAGAUCCCGUCGGUGGUGAGCUCAUGGGAAAGGAUGUCACUUGCAGCGGCGGCGAAUGCUUCACAGGUAGCGGGUGGAACAAAAAAUGUCCAGAGAACACUCACACUCUACAACGAUGCCGCGAUUCUUCGCGAGGCCACGAGACUUCAUACCCAGCUGGUGGCCACGCUUGACGAGAAGGUUGGGUCAGAGAACUACUCGACCCAAGUUGUUUUUCAACCGCUUCCAGCAUAUCUCAGUACUCUCGGUCUCCGCAAUGGUACCAUGAGCAAUGUGCUGGGUUUGGAACGCAUCGGGUCAAACGCUAUUCUGUGGACCGCAGCAGUGGCUAUUACGAACGGCGACGAUGGAGCACUGGCAGUGGCGGGUACAGAACUGAGUGCGUUGUUGACCCAACUGGAGAAGUUCACAAGUCCGGACGGUAAACCCUCGACUGCGGAAUGGGUGUACUCGAACUACGCGGAUAUGAGUCAAGAUCCUCUCACCAGCUAUGGACCGGAGAAUGUGGCUUUCAUGAAAGAGAUGGCGGCUAAAUAUGAUCCUGAGGGGUUCUGGCAGAAGCGUGUACCGGGAGGGUUCAAGCUAUCGAGAGUGUGAGGAUGGCGAUAGGCUGAGCCCCUUCAUUGAGGUAUGCGCUGUUCAAAUGAACUUGAACUGCAAGCAUCAGUCGUGAGCAAAGCGUCGUCGAUAUAUAUGAUCUGCUGUGCUUGUACGGCAAAGUACUACACCUCUUUUUGACACCAGAUUACGUC